UUAAUAAUUAAUCCAACCCAUGCCCGCCAUUCCAUAAACCUUUUCGUUUCCCCUCCCUUUCCGCCCCAAAUCUCAGGCCAUCAUCCUCGCUCCCUCUCUCCCUCUCUCUUUCUCUCCUCUCUCUUCGUUGCCACGUCUCUUCUUCUGUUCCUAUCCCCGAUCCCAUAUUCCCGCCCCGCAACUCCUCCAAUCUCACCACCUCUCUGCUUUCCUUUCUCGGAACCAAACCCUUGAUCUCCUCUUCUGAAUCAGUGACCCGGUUCUUGAUUUGGGGCGUGGGAAUUGGAUGGAAGAUGGCCGAACCUGAACCUCAAGCAUCAGUUGCUGAAGCGAAGGGGAAUAGGGUUCUGAAGUGCGCCUUCGCCGUCGUCGGGAUCAUGAGCACUCUUGUCAUCUAUGGGAUCCUUCAGGAGAAGAUUAUGAGAGUGCCUUAUGGUGAAAAGAAGGAGCUUUUUAGAUACUCGCUGUUUCUUGUCUUUUGUAAUCGUUUGGCGACUUCUGCGGUGUCUGCCGGCGCUUUGCUGGCGAGUAGGAAAACGAUUGAUCCUGUUGCUCCGGUUUAUAAGUACUGUGCUGUUUCAGUGUCUAAUAUACUCACUACUACAUGCCAAUAUGAGGCCUCAAAGUAUGUUAGUUUUCCUGUUCAAACACUGGCCAAAUGUGCGAAAAUGAUACCUGUUAUGAUCUGGGGGACAAUUAUAAUGCAGAAGAUAUAUAAUGGGAAGGACUAUUUUUUUGCUUUUCUAGUGACAUUGGGUUGUUCAAUAUUCAUAUUGUUUCCGGCUUCAACUGAUGUCAGUCCAUAUGCUUCGGGGAGAGAAAGCACUGUUUGGGGAAUGUUUCUUAUGUUUGGUUAUCUUGGGCUUGAUGGGUUUACAAGCACAUUUCAGGACAAGCUUUUCAAAGGCUAUGACAUGGAAAUACACAACCAGAUAUUCUACACAACUUUAUGCUCUUGUAUCCUCAGUUUAUCUGGACUUAUAUUACAGGGCCAUCUUCUUCUGGCAAUAGAUUUUAUGUUUCGCCACCAUGAUUGCUUUUAUGAUGUUGUCCUCUUAUCCACUGUAGCAACAGUGAGUCAAUUCUUCAUUUCAUAUACAAUUCGAACAUUCGGUGCUUUAACAUUUGCGACUAUAAUGACCACGAGACAGCUGGUGAGCAUCUUGUUAUCAUGUGUCUGGUUUGCACAUCCAUUAAGCUUGAGACAGUGGGUUGGAGCGGUAAUUGUUUUCGGUGCAUUAUACACUAAAAGUUUCUUGAGAACCAAGCCACAGAAGGCAACAUUAUCCAGUCCUAAACGCGGGGUUGAUGGAAACUUGUCGAACAACACAGCAAAUAAUGUGUGAUGCAGUGCUCCAAGAUCAAAUUGCAUCCAUGAGUAUUUAAGGGGAAAAACUUACAAUUUUCCCGCAAUUAUGCUUCUCAGCGUCACUGAUGUAACUGCUGAGAAACAAGCGCAGAGGUGAUCCUUGAAUGAUUUUGACCCAUAGAAAGCUAAUUUAUCUUCUUUUACAUUGAAUAAGAGAAAGGAAUAGUCCGAGUUGCGAUAGGCAAGACUGCUAACUGAUUUUCAUGGUGCUUGGAAUCAGUUCAUAUUGUGAUUUCACUGUAAAUUAUGAAGGGAAACUAUUAAUCCAAGUAUUAUGGUUCAUUUCCA